UAAAUAGGUGGCAGCCUUGCCAUCAACAGCUGAUAUCGGACGCGCAUGAAAACGUUUUGCGGCUUUUGUUUUAUUGCUGGAAAAUAAACGAAAAAUGGUUGAAAAAGCUACACCGGCUCUUCAUAUUGAGCUUAAUUUUGACGAGGAAGACGUGCCGUAUGAGGAGGAGAUUCUACGGAAUGCGUAUUCCGUGAAACACUGGCUGCGCUACAUUGACCACAAGGCGAAGGCGCCCAACAAUGGUGUUAAUUUGGUGUACGAGCGGGCACUCAAAGAGUUGCCCGGCAGCUAUAAGAUCUGGUACAACUAUCUGCGUACACGCAGGAAGCAGGUGAGGGGAAAGAUACCCACGGAUCCGAUGUACGAGCAGGUAAACAACACAUUCGAACGGGCACUGGUGUUCAUGCACAAGAUGCCACGUAUAUGGAUGGACUACGGCGUGUUUAUGAGCUCACAGUGCCGCAUAACGCGCACCCGCCACGUCUUCGACCGUGCACUGCGAGCACUGCCGAUCACACAGCACGGACGCAUUUGGCCAUUGUAUCUGAAGUUUGUGCAGCGAUAUGAGAUGCCCGAAACAGCACUGCGUGUCUACAGGCGCUAUCUCAAGCUGUUUCCGGAGGAUGCCGAAGAAUAUGUGGCAUACCUGCAGGAAGCUGAUCGUCUGGAUGAGGCGGCACAACAACUGGCUCAUAUUGUGGAUAACGAGCACUUUGUCUCCAAGCAUGGCAAAUCCAAUCAUCAGCUGUGGAACGAACUCUGCGAUCUAAUAUCAAAGCAUCCACACAAGGUGCAUUCACUUAAUGUGGAUGCCAUCAUUCGUGGUGGCUUGCGUCGCUACACGGAUCAACUGGGACAUCUGUGGAACUCACUGGCGGAUUAUUAUGUGCGCUCUGGUUUGUUUGAUCGAGCUCGUGACAUAUACGAGGAGGCCAUACAAACGGUGACAACUGUGCGGGAUUUCACCCAAGUUUUUGAUGAAUAUGCCCAGUUCGAGGAACUGUCGCUGAAUAAACGCAUGGAGCAGGUGGCCAACGACGAGGAGGCCAACGAGGAGGAUGACAUUGAUGUAGAGCUGCGACUAUCCCGCUUCGAGUACCUUAUGGAACGUCGAUUACUGCUGCUCAAUAGUGUUCUGCUGCGUCAGAAUCCGCACAACGUGCACGAGUGGCACAAGCGGGUGAAACUGUACGAGGAUAAGCCCGAGGAGAUCAUUAACACCUAUACUGAGGCGGUGCAGACAGUUCAGCCGAAGCUGGCGGUGGGUCAGCUCCACACACUGUGGGUGGAGUUUGCCAAGUUUUAUGAGACCAACGGGCAGGUGGAAGAUGCACGCGUGGUAUUCGAGCGAGCUACCCAGGUGGAGUUUGUCAAGGUGGAGCACUUGGCGGCAGUGUGGUGCGAGUGGGCGGAGUUGGAGCUGCGGCAACAACAGUUUGAAGCGGCCCUCAAACUGAUGCAACGUGCCACGGCAAUGCCUAAGCGCAAGGUGGCAUAUCAUGAUGAUACGGAGACAGUGCAAUCGCGUCUGUAUAAAUCACUGAAAGUGUGGUCCAUGUACGCCGACUUAGAAGAGUCUUUUGGCACCUUCAAAACCUGUAAGGCAGUCUAUGAACGCAUCAUUGACCUCAAGAUUUGCACGCCUCAAAUAAUCAUCAAUUAUGGCAUGUUUCUUGAGGAGCACAACUAUUAUGAGGAGGCCUAUCGCGCCUAUGAAAAGGGCAUUGCAUUGUUCAAGUGGCCCAAUGUCUAUGACAUUUGGAAUUCGUAUCUAUCCAAGUUUCUGGAACGCUAUGGUGGCACCAAACUGGAGCGCGCUCGUGAUCUCUUCGAGCAGUGCUUGGAUCAGUGCCCGCCGGAGCAUGCCAAGUAUUUUUAUUUACUCUAUGCCAAGCUGGAGGAGGAGCACGGACUCGCCCGCCAUGCCAUGGCUGUUUAUGAUCGCGCCACGAGCGCUGUCAAAGAGGAGGAGAUGUUCGACAUGUACAACAUUUUCAUCAAGAAGGCAGCCGAGAUUUAUGGCCUCCCACGCACUCGGGAAAUAUAUGAAAAGGCCAUUGAGGCGUUGCCGGAACAGCACAUGCGGCACAUGUGUGUCAAGUUUUCGGAGCUGGAGACGAAGCUUGGCGAAGUGGAUCGCGCCAGAGCCAUCUAUGCGCAUUGUUCACAGGUGUGUGAUCCUCGCAUUACGGCUGACUUCUGGCAGACGUGGAAGGAGUUUGAGGUGCGUCAUGGCAACGAGGAUACGAUGCGUGAAAUGUUGCGCAUUAAACGCUCCGUACAGGCCACUUACAACACGCAGGUCAAUAUGAUGGCCGCCCAGUUUCUCAAUACGAACAGUGGAGCUGCUGCCGAUGCGGGUGCCGGAGCAGGAUCCGAUGCUAUGCGUUUGCUGGAGGAGAAGGCGCGACAGGCGGCAGCCGAGGCAAAACAGAUGCCGACAGAGAGGGCUGCCACAAAUAUUAUGUUUGUGCGUGGCGAGACACAAGGCGGGGCCAAGAAUAAGGAUAACACUGUGAUCAAUCCCGAUGAGAUUGACAUUGGCGACAGCGAUGAGGAUGAAGAUGAAGACGAAGACGAGGAAAAUGCAAACACUGAACAAACGGCAAACGGAGAUGCUGAAACAGCCACUAAAACCGAUGAUGAAGGUCUAAUUAUGAAGAAACUACGUUUCGAGCAGAAAGCUAUUCCGGCCAAGGUCUUUGGCAGCCUGAAGCCCAACAAUCAGCAAGACUCUGAUGAGGAAUAAGGUUAAUAGGGUUAAGCUAACCGAUUUUGCAUAGAAAUCAUAUUCAAUUUGCAAUGUUUGUGAUUGAGGUUUUCUUUCAAGUACUAAAAUAAACAUUGCUAAAAUUAAA